AAACAUUAUUCAUAGAGAGGACACACUGGGUACUGGUUAGCCACUUAUUUCUAACUAUUAUUAAAUAAAGUAUGGAGUCAAAGUCUGCCCAGUGCCACACAUUUAGAGGAUCUGUUUCCAUCCUCCUACUGAUUUUCACAUGGACGCAAUGUUCCUCUGAAUCGAAUCUGCGCGAAUGUCUGGCCACCUUUAGGGGAUUUGUGAGCAUUACCUUUACCUAUGACACAAAAUACUAUGAACAACAACUGAGCAGCUGGUGCCUGCAAGUCACAAGAACUGAAUGUGUCAAUAUUGUUGACAUGCGUGGAAGGAUUACUAAAUCCUAUGAAGGUCGGGUGACACUUGUGCAGGUUAUAGGGAAUAGUGGAUCUGUCACUGUAAAUAUGACAAAUUUACAAAUCUGGGAUACUGGCCUGUACAAAUGGAGAAUAUGGAUUGGGACACAAUACAAGGUAAUACAAAGUGUGCUGCUGCAUGUGAUAGAAGGAAUACCUUCCAAAUUAUCGGUAGUUAGAGUUCCAGUUCAUGGGUAUAUAAACAUGAACUGCUCAUUCAACAAGCAACAGCAAUGGUCUAAAAUCUGGUGCAAGCAGAUGGGCCAUAGGAAAUGUGACUGGGUGGCUCAUUCGGAUGGAAGCAUAAAUAAAGAUUAUGAAACAAGACCUGUCAUCUACAAUGAUCUCAAGGCUCAUCAGAUGAUAAUGAGAAUUACACAACUGGAACUUUGGGACAGUGGGCUCUACAAAUGUAAGGAAUCUGGUGGGGAAACGAUCCUUGAAAAGAUUCUUCUGCAUGUAACUUCAAACAACAUCCAGAGCAAUGAAAAAAACUCUAUCCUCCCAUCUGAAGUAUUAACCACCACUGUGCCAUCUCAUUUGGGUACCAAUGAAGCAACAGUGUCAUCAAGGGUGAAGCCAAUACAGAGCACUGCCUGGGAUAUUAUCCGCUGGCUUCUUUUCCUGAUCAUGGUCGUUUGUCUUCUUUCCUUCAUUUGCUGUAAAAGUGUUUUGGAUCGGUGCUACAUACCUAUAUUCCAUGAAAGAUUACUGAGAAACAAGAAGUUCAAAUCUGAGGUUCAUUUUUGAAAAGAACCUGGACUCACGACUGUAGCUGGUGAAGUAACAUAGCUGUAACAGGACAAGCAAAACUACUCAUUCCAUUUUCUCUCUAUAGACUACUUCUAUGCCAAAGGAUUAAACUUCACAGGCCAAUAUGGAUUACAUAUUUUCUUUAAAUAUACAAUAUUUGUACUUCAUUCACAUAUUUUCUGUCUUAAAGGACAACGAAAGACUUAUUCCAAAGGCAUAGCAUGUUAAAGAGGCCCCUUGUGUGUACCUGGUCGCUGACUUGUUUGUUGUAAAAGUUCUCCCAUGAUAUUGCUCCAAGCCCUUCACUGACAUUUUAUUUUUGAUGAUGUAAUGAAGAUGAGGGCUGAAAACGAAAAGCACAUGCACCAAUAAUGUUCUCCCCCUUGGACUUAUAAUGUAAUGUAUAGGCAGUGCUGGCAGAAGGAAAGCAAAAUUACUGAAGGAGGCAGGAGAAAUGCAUGCUGAUUGGCUAAAGAAGGAGUCCAUACAUUUGAGAGUGUAUUUCUUCCUUAGCUUCUCUCACCAUCAUGUUUACCACUGUAAGUGGUUUUGAUUGGUGCACACUUCAAGAGGGCAGGCCUUUUGAGGGGUAAGUGCUAGUUCUCUAGAUCUAGAAGCACACUCCUGAAUAUUUGAAAUGUGCAUGUGCCGGCUACUUUGCUGUAAUAGAAAUGAAUCAUGGGACUUUUUGUUAAUGUAGUUAGCGGUUUUGCCUAGAUUGCAGGGUCUGAACUGUAAAUGAGCCUAUUACAGAGGGGAACAGCAAGGGCAGAUGGCAUCACUAUAGGUAAGCCUUUUAUUAGAACUUAAAUCUUUAAUACCCUUUCCUUUUCCUUUAACUAUACAGUAUAUGGAAUAUAGCUUUUGAAAGGGAUACUGUCAUGGAAAAACAUGUUUUUCCCAAAACACAUCAGUUAAUAGUGCUGCUCCAGCAGAAUUCUG